UCCACUCCUCGGCGCCCCGCGCGCGCCCGCUCGCUUCUUGCUUCCGCGCCCGGGGUCUUUUGCCUCUCUGCAGCGAGCGGCACGCCUCAGGGAUGGUUGCCACUUCGCGCCUCGGCGGCCCCGCUCCGGGUCACUAGGCCUCUCGGGUGUGGGUUGAGACCUCGGUCUCGCCUAGGUCGUCCUGCCGGGCAGGUUGGCAGCCGCGCUGGUUCGUGCUGGACGGCGGCGUGCUGUCCUACUACGACCACAAGGAGGACGUGCGCAAGGGCAGCAAGGGCAGCCUGAAGAUGGCCGUGUGCGAGAUCCAAGUGUGCCCGAGCGAUGACUCUCGCUUGGAGCUGGUCAUCCCCGGCGAGCAGCACUUCUACUUGCGCACGACGAGCGCCGCGGAGAGGCAGUGCUGGGUGGUGGCGCUCGGCUCCGCCAAGGCCUGCCUCACCGACAGCCGCACGCGCAAAGAGAAAGAAAUCAUGGAGGCGAGCGACUCGCUGUGCUCCAAGAUGUCCGAGAUGCGUCUCUACUACGACCUCAUGACGCAGCAGGUGUCGCUCAUCCGCCAGGGCAUCCAGGAGCCGCGGCCCGACGUGCAGAGGAUGAGUGAGGCGUCGUCCCUGCUGAGCGCCACCUGCGACACGUUCGUGCGCGCCUUGGAGGAGUGCGUCCACACCGCCGCCAGCAGCGUGCGGCCCUCCACGCAGCAGCAGCAGCUGCAGCAGCAGCUGGCCCCGCCGGCCGUGAUGCCGCCCACACCACGCAGCCCUCAGCGUCCUGCCGGGGUCAAGAGUCAGGCUCGCGCGUCGCACGCCGAGAGCACCGCGAGGUCCCUACCGAGACCGCCCCCGUCCUCCCGCAAGCGCGAGCCCAGCAACAAGAGCGGCAGAACCUCCUCGUCCUCCUCCUCGUCACGGCGGAGGCUGGCCAUGGCGUCGACGCGAGUCGGGGCCAUCGUGGAGGAGGUGGAGGAGGAGGCGGUGGAGGCCCCUGCAGCCGAGGGAGCAUCCCGGCCAGAGCCGAAGGCCGCAGGGCCCCGUGAACCCACAUCUCAGGAGGCCGCAGCGAGCGGAGUCGCACCAGAUGGAGAGUCGCAUCGUGCAGACGCGCCGCAGCAGCAGGCCGCGUCACAUGACGCGGACACGCCGCAGCAGCAGGACGCGUCACAUGACGCGGACGCGCCGCAGCAGGACGCGUCACAUGACGCGGACGCGCCGCAGCAGGACGCGUCACAUGACGCGGACGCGCCGCAGCAGGACGCGUCACAUGACGCGGACACGCCGCAGCAGCAGGCCGCGUCACAUGACGCGGACACGCCGCAGCAGCAGGCCGCGUCACAUGACGCGGACACGCCGCAGCAGGACGUGUCACAUGACGCGGACGUGCAGCAGCAGGCCGCGUCACAUGACGCGGACACGCCGCAACAGGCCACCACGCCACGCGAAGCGAUCGCGGGGAGCGACGUGUGUCCGAGGUUCGAGGCUUCGGACGUCUCCACACAGGAAUCGAGGAGGCCCGGAGAACACCAACGGGACAGGGAACACUCCACGGUCGACGAUGAUGAUCCUAAUGCCGAUGCUGCCGAUGCUGCUGCCGAUGAUGCUGAUAGUAUCAACGAUGGUCAUUUUGAUGAUGCUGAUGAUGGUAACGAUGGUGACGAUGGCGAAGUGGGCACUGCUGGGCGUGGAGAGGAGGGCGGUGCGGGAGAGAACUCGGAUGCCGGACGCGUGGCCGAUGGGGGAUUCGAUCCGGAGAAACUGGGCGAGGGUGAGGACUGUCGGGGUGAGGACCCUGGGGGUGAGGGUGAGGAACGUCAGGGUGAGGACCCUGGUGGUGACGGAGAGGACGGCGGGGGUGAGGACUUUCAGGGUGAGACGGUGGAGACCUUCUUCGGUGUCAUGGCACAGAGGUUCAGCGACGCGGAGCUGCAGGACGAGCAAGGGAUCCACGUGGAGCCGUUCCUGAGGGCGUGCGCCUCCAUCGUCCCCGUGCUCGACAAGCUGGGCCCCACGGCGUUCGCUCCGGUCAAACUCGACUUCGUGGGCAACAUCCGGAAAAUCACGCAGAAGUACGAGACGGACCGGGCGGCCUUCCCCACGCUGCAGAGCAUCGUGGGCCACGAGCUCAGCAGCGGCACCGCCCUGGUGCGCAACUCCACCACCGAGGCGCUGCUCUGGCUCAGGCGGGGCCUCAAGUUCCUUCUGGAGCUGCUGACCGAGGUGCGGGAGGGCCAGGCCAACCUGCACGUGGCGCUCAGCAAUGCGUACGGGCGGACUCUGAGGCGUUACCACGGCUGGGUGGUGCGGGGGGUGUUCGCGCUGGCCCUGCGUGCCGCCCCGGCGCUGGACGGGUUCCUGGCGGCGCUGACGGCGCGGGAGGGCGACCCGACGGGGCCUGAGUUCCGCCGGCAGCUGAACCGCGACCUGGACACGUACCUGGGCGCCAUGCGUGCCCAGCUCGGCGCACUCGACGAGCUCUACGAGCAGAACCAGCUGGAGUCGGACCGCGUCGUGUGAGCGCCGUCGCCACCGCCAUCGGCUUAGACAGCGCCUCCCACCUGGACCCCUGCUUCGACAGUGCCGGCUAAUAUCAUGAUCAGACCCGGAUUAUAUCACGAUCGGCGUGGGAUAAUCUCACGUUCGGCGCCGGAUAAUUCCACGAUCGAACCCAGAUAAUCUUACGAUCGGCGCCGACUAAUAUCACGAUUGCCGUCGACUAAUGUCACGAUCGGCGCCGGCUAUUGUCACGAUCGGCACCGGCUGAUCACACGACCGGCGAGCAAGGACCCAUUUGACGAUCAGCCACGAAAUUUUUUAUUGCGCAAUCGGCACCAGUGGUGUAACUCUUUGGGCGCUUUCACGAGCGCCGUCGCCUCCCGCUGAGCGUUGGCGGCGGCAACAACAUUCAUUUAUACUUGUUGGCACGGUAACUGAGCGCAGCCACCAACAAGGCCCAGAAGGGCAAGCGGCCAGCAACAAACGGCACCGUUCAAUCGCCAGUGAGCAGCGACGUCUCACAACUUCGCAAGCAACGUCUUGUUGAGUGACAGCCGGGCCCUCGUCGCUCAUUGUAGUGCCCCUGUGACGUCGCUGUUGCGUCACAGUGACGUCACCGUUGCGGCACGGUGACGUCGCCGUGAGGAUUGGCGUGAGUAGUGAAGAGUUGGGGGAGCGGUGGCACAGCGGUCAGCGCGCUUCGCCAAACUAGGCCGGAGUCCCGAGUUCCAUUCCCGCCAACACGAGUGACGACUGUUACCUGAACCGGUCGUGGGUCCUCCCCUAGGUCGACUCAGCCUCAAAUGAGUUCCUGGUGCGGUGCGUAACAAUCGUCACUUGCGAGACAAAGUUGGGCCACCCACUCCCACGUGUGCCACGCCAGCCUUCAUGGGUGUUCACUAACACCAAUUGGCCCCAACAGUCUUUUACGACCACACGAUGGGAUCUUUGUGUGUGCGCGCCAGUGUGCGACACCUUGGGGUAAGUUCAUGGGUCAUGUUAAUUCGCAGGGAUUUUUUGUUUGUUUCGGGACGAGUUGCGUUUUGGUUGUUCGCCAUGUGAGCUGGGUCACUAUGGGUGGAUGGGGUCAGAGGUGCUGUGGGGCUGGGGGGUCAGUAAAGAGUGGGCGUGGUCAGCGGGGCUUGGGGGUGGGGUUAGUGGUUUGUAGGUGAAUAAUGAGUGGGCGG